GUUGAAAGCGUCCCUCGCCGUUGCCAUGGAGAUGAUCCUAGUUUGUGCAUGAGAUUUUGAAACGGCGCAAAAUGACUCAAAGAAAAGAGAAGAAAGCCUCGAUGAAAAAUGAUAAACGUAACAACGAGGAAACUUGUGAAAACGCAGUGAUGAAACAGGUGGCGAAAGAAAGAGGUAAAGAAGAGUUAAAGCUACAUUCAGCGGAUGUGGAACAAGACCAGGAGCAGCCCGAGGAUGAUGGCAUUUAUGAACUCCCUGCGCUUUUUAACUUAGUUGUACAGAGAUAUGAAGGUGAAACAUCUGAAGGACAGCUUCAUGGAGAAGGUGUUGCCUGCUUUGAGGGAGGCCACGUUUACAAGGGCCUGUUUUCCAUGGGACUUAUGGAUGGACCUGGUGUCUUCACAUGGGCAAGCGGGUUGAAAUAUGAGGGAGAAUUUGUGUGCAACAUGCCCCUGGGUCAGGGCACGUACACCUGGCCAGACGGCAGCUCUUACAAGGGGGAAGUGUACAACGGUGUACGACAUGGGACUGGAACCUACAAAUGUGCAAAAAAUGGUGUUUCAUACACAGGGCAGUGGCAUCAGAGCAAGAGGCAUGGAAAGGGUGCAGUGUAUUACAACCAGGAUAAGACUUCCUGGUACAGAGGAGAUUGGGUGAAGAAUAACAGAGAAGGAUGGGGAGUGAGAUGCUACCCCUCUGGUAACAUUUACUCUGGUGAGUGGAAGAACAACUUGAGAAAUGGAGAGGGCACAAUGAGGUGGGUGAAACUGGGACAGCAGUAUGUUGGCCAAUGGCAGGAUGGAAUCCAGCAUGGACGAGGCACACAGGUCUGGAUCUUGAGGCGAAUGGAUAGAUCCCAGUAUUGCCAGAGCAAUCAGUACAUGGGGGAUUUUGUUCAGGGUCAGAGGCACGGAAAGGGAAGCUUUUACUACGCUGGUGGAGCAAUCUACGAAGGAGAAUGGAAGAACAAUAAGAAACAUGGGCAGGGAAAAUUCACCUUCAAGGAUGGGCGUGUUUUUGAAGGAGAGUUUGUGGAUGAUCAGAUGAUGACACCCAACUUGAGUGGAAACAGACCUCCCACUCCGCAUGGUGCAUUUCCCAUGUCAGGUGAGGAUCCGUCCAUACUAGGACCAGACAUGAGUGUGAACAUUGAAUGUCUUCUGGAGAAAAUCCCUGAGAGAAAAUGUGACACUGAGCGCAAACAGGUGGAGUUUGUGAUGCUGACACACAACAAAGAGCUGAAGUCUAUCUAUAGUUUCUACAGCAGACUUGGCCACACUCAGUUGCCGGAUAACACCUUCCUGCUGUCCCGCAUGCAGCUCUGGCGCCUGCUCAAAGACUGCAAUAUCCACCAUCAUGGCAUCACUCUGACACAGCUAGACCUUUAUAUCAGAGAGGAUGCCACCUCAGCAGAGAUUCACUCUCCCUUCACUCCCAUGCUGCUUUGUAGGCUCCUCAGCUGCCUAGUGGUCGUAGCCUACCACAUCUACCAUAAAGACAUGGUGUUACAAAAAUACCUUCUGGCUGCCUGCUUUUCCAAACUGCUGACAGAUGACAUCCUGCCUAAUGCUAAGAUUGUAAAAGGCUUCCUGUUUAAGUGGCCAGAGUGCAGUACAGCGGUGUCUGUAAAGUACUUGAAGAAGUGCUGGGAAAUCUAUCAGGCUUACUGCAGGGUCAACGCAGCCCCCAGAGACGACUACACCAUGACCUGCCGACACCUGCUGUGGAUGUUCAAAGAGCUCCAUCUUUUAGACAGCAAGCUGACUACAGCGAGGUUAUUAGAGGUCAUCACUGCAGAGAGCCAUGACCCCAGCAACCCAUCCUCCUGCCUGGAUCUAGAGAUCACAUUCCUGGAGUUUUUUGAAGCUCUUCUUGGCUGUGCUGAGGUGAAGUGUCAGCAGGUUUCCGAAGGCCUGGAGGAGAGUCUGUCCCCAUCCAGCGCUGAGGCCGAGGCCACAAGGAAUUCCCAAAAAGAGGAGGCCAGCGAGAAAACCCUGCUGACUGCAAACAGCCCUCCCCAGAUGAUUUCCUCUGUACAGAUGGCAGCUCCAGUGAGUUCCCUCAUCUCUCCUGAAGUCUCCAGCCCCAAGUCAGUAGAGGCAGGGAGAUCCAGUAACACACCAGAGUUAUCUACUGCUCAAGAUGUGGAGAGUCAACAAGACACAAGACAUCAAAAAUCUCAGUCUGCAGAACACACAGGUGAAAGACAGGUCAUACAAACCAGAGGUAUGGAGGCCAAAGGCCGCCAAAUGGAGCUUUGGAUCCAGAAGAUCCAUCAGUUCUUCAUCCACUUUUUCUUCCCCGCGUUUGACCAUCACCAGUUAGCAACCAGCAACAUGAAGGAAGAGGAGCUCCGCCAGGAGGCCCAGAGACGCAUUGCUCUGGAUAAGGCCCAACAAAGAGCCAGGUUAAAGGUGCAUUGGGAAGAUGAUAAAGAUGCAUUCGAGGAGGCAAUAGAGAAACCUUGAUGAAGCCAGUUGUUCUGUAGAUGAACUGUCCACACGCUCCAAAAAGAAGGAAAAUGUGCAGAGCUUUCAACUGCAGUCAGAAAUAAAAGCACAAAUGCAGCCUUUUA